AUGUCCGAACUGAGUUGGGUGUUUCAAGGCAGUACUGCACCAGAGACGGCGAAGGACAUCUCUCGAAUCAAUAAAAUCCAUAGCGGUGUGUGGAAACGCAAGCCUGGAACGUUCAGCUCUGUGUGGGAAGGCAAAAUGACCAUUGUUGGCAUCUCCUACUUCGACACUUGGGCUCGCCGGGUUGACAUCCCCUAUGAGGAGCAGACUACUCCAGAGCAAAAGCAAAUCGGAGCAGAGACUGCCGAAUACUUCGUCCAAGGAUUUUGCGACUUCUGGUUCCCAAGUUUUCUCCAGUUCAUUGGCCGAGAUAUUAUCUUGACGUUCAUCCCAUGGCAAUGCCGGCGCAGGCAGCGCAUGGGACAACCCAACUGGCUACGGACACGGUUGAUCAAGUUAGUGAUCAAAGUAUACUAUGAUGUUCAUGACUAUCUUUUGUCCGAUCCUGCAGAGCCAAACAUGGCUUAUUUCCGAGAGCAAGUGGCCCGCAUCGACCUCUCUACGGCUGACCAUCAUAUUCGCAAGAAAAGGGGGUUGCAAGAUGGCCUCUUUAAACUUUUCGUGCUAGCCCUGUUGAUCGGUAUAAUAUUUUGUAAUUGUUUUCGCCGGAGAGAAUAA